UGGUGCCCAGGGGCCUGUUGCACAAAAGUAGAAUUAAGACAUCCGGGAUAAAUGACUCAGCUGAGCUCAAUGAAGCCAAAACAUGUGCGUCCAGGCUUAAUUGGUUGCACAAAGACCAAGCCAGGAUGAGCAGACACGGAUUCAUUAAGCCAGGUGAAACCAAUCCUGGAUAGGUGCGCGCUCACGGCUCACUCAAAUAGACCCCGCCACAGAUCACAGAUUAACUGAUUUACCAUGGCAACUAGAGCCGCGUACUUUUCCCCGUCGGAAGCACAAAUCCUCAUGGAGGCAUACGAGGAGGUAAAAGAUAUAAUUAAGAAGAAAGGCAACACCGCCACAGUGAUAAAGCAAAGAGAAAAAGCGUGGCAAAGUAUUGCAGACCGCCUGAAUGCGUAAGUAGUGCACAAUUACACACUCACCGCUCCGCUGAAACAUCACAAUUACAAUUCAAAUAUUUAAUUCACAUCUCCAAAAAUGCAGUUGUACUGUAAUUAUGAAACGGUUAAAUUUUUAAUUGAAAUGCACUGCAGAUAUGAGUGAAAUUGUGUAAAGUAACUCCAUCACACUGUAUAAAGCUAUGAUACAUUUUUGAUAUUUUUACUGAAAACAAGACAAAAAUACCAAGUAAUUUUUUGCAGUGUGACUCCAUUAAAUGUGUGUGUGUGUGUGUGUAGAUUAAACAUGAACGGGCCAAAACGGACAUGGCAGCAGGUCAAAAUCAAAUACAAGAACAUUCUGCAGAAUGCAGUGAAAAAGAAUACCCACAGACAAGGCACGGGUGGUGGGUCACCAAAGGCUGACCUUACCCCAGCAGAGGACAUGGCCUUGGAGCUAAAUAAAGGCAGGCCCGUCUUAGAGGGGAUCCCUGGGGGGAAAGAGACGAGCAUAGGUUCCUCCCAAGAUGCCACCCGCUUCAUUCAAGUGCCUGGCAGCACUGUGUUCCUGUUAGAGCCACCAGCACAAGCACCAGACGAUGCUGAUCCAGGUGAAGGCCCCAGUGCAGCAGCAACAGCACAUGAUGGAGACGAUGAUGAGGGGGAGACCAUCUCUCUGGAUUCCAGAAGGCAUGAGGACCCAGAUGCUAUACAGUGGGAAAACCAGCCUGGCAACAUAAGCUCACAAGCUAUCAGAAAGUUGUAUGGCAACCACCUCCGGCGCCAAAUAGAACUGGCAGACAUAGACAUUCAGUACAAGAAGAAAAAGAUGGAAAAUCUUGCACUGGAGUCCGAAAUAAAAAAGAGGACAAUUAGGAAACUGGACCUUGAAAUAAAAAAACUUGAGAGGGAGCUCCAAGAAGAUGACACAGCUCAAAAUAAAAAUUAGCAAUCAGUACAACCAAGUCAUCGUUAUAAGGCAUCGCCCUCUUUUGCCCACCCCCCCCCAGCACCAGGUGUGGCCACUAGCCUAUAUGAAGGCCCAAAAUUGUGUGUUCCUUUCUGCUCUGACAAUGGCAUGCCCAUUCGUGCGAGAUGUGGUGGAUGAAGAAGCACUUGUGCUGAGGAGAGCCUUCAGGCGAGAAAGGGUCUUCAGGGACCGGUUGGACCCACUGGCCUUCCCUGAUGACCAUCUAUAUGAAAGAUACAGGUUUUCUGCAGAUGGCAUCAGGUAUCUAUGCAGACUACUGGGUCCCAGGAUUAAGCACCGCACUGCACGGAGCCAUGCACUGAGUGUGGAGCAAAUGGUUUGUGUGGCCUUGCG